AAAAAUUACUUUCUUAAAUUGAAUAAAAUGUGUUAAAUUUAUAAAAAUGCAGGAAAUGACUUCAUGUCUUCUGUGUGUAGAGUCCAUUGAGUGUGAUUCUUUUGAAAUCAGCGUCGAAAUUGCCAAAAGUUUCACAAUCAAAACUGCAAUCGAGGAAUAUUUCAGAUGCUCAACGGCAAUACUCAAAUCCAAGUUAAAGUUCAUAUGCAGAUUGUGUUACGAAAACAUAGAAAAUUUCCAUAAUUUUACCACAAAAGUCAAUCAAAUUUACAAAAAUGAUUUAAGCACAACCGGUUGUUGCCCAGAAGAUACACAAAACAUAAACAAUGAUCCAGACAGCUGCGAUGAUAGCUUUAUUGAUGAUCUUAUAGAAUAUGAUGAAGAUGAAAGUUUAGACUUUGGCAAUAAUGAAAGAUUGUCAGAAGAUAUAGACUGUUAUAAAGGUAUAGACAGUCUAGAGACAUCAAAUCAUGACACAACUAAAAGUGUCCCUGAAAAUCUUAAUGAUUCGAUAUCCAGGCAGUCUAGGAACAACAUUUUACUAUCAAAAAGUUCAACUUUAAGCCUUGAAAAUCUCCAAAAUUCACCAGUUCGAGUUAUUUUACCGAAAAACUUUAUCAAAAUUUCACAAUCAAAUUUUAAAAUUCUGGAUGCACAAAAUCAUCAAAAGGAGUACAUUCAGCAUGAAUUUCCAGUACCAACCAACAAUAUUUCAGUUCCAUCACAGCCAUUGACUAACCAAAAGUCAAGAAUCUCCUUUAAAAAUCAAGAAAUGAAGGUUUACAAUGACUUCAAACUAGAUAAUGCCAAUGAAUCUGCACAUCCUUCCAAUUCUAACCUCAAAGUUGAUCCAAAGAAUCAUCCACGACCUCACAAUCUACCAAAAAAUCUCAAAAUCACUCGCCAAAAAAUCCACAAAUGUGAAAUUUGCAUUAAAAACUUCAAAACUUCAGCAAUCCUUAAAUCGCACAUCCAAAAACUUCAUUCGGACACUCAAAACACGUCAAUUUGUAAGGAAUGUGGCAAAGCCUACACCAACAAGUACAUCCUUAAGACUCACAUGAAGAAGCACAUUAUCGAAACUGACAGGAACUACGAAUGCUACAUCUGCAAGAAAUCAUCAAAAAACCUUCCACAUCUUCUCAACCACUUCAAAUACAAACACGACCCAGCCUACAUAACCUCAUCUGUCUGCCACAUUUGCUCAAAAACAGUCACAAGACUUGACAUUCAUCUGCGACAAAUGCACUCGAGUGAUUCAAUUAAACGAGUUAAAUGUGAAAUUUGUGGACAUUUUAUGAAGAAAUCGUCACUUAAUGGACAUAUGGCAAGUCAUAGAGAGACUGGAUACAGCUGUGAAGCUUGUGGGAAGUAUUUAAAGAACAGAAAUUCACUUUUGUGUCACAUGAAGCGAGUCCAUACAGCUGGAAAGUACAAAUGUGAACAUUGUGACAAGGCAUUUCAUCAGGAGAGCCGGAUGAUGGAUCAUAUAGCUUGUCAACACACAGGAGUAUUCCUACACAAAUGUCGAAUUGCUGACUGUGAGAAAAAGUUCAGAAAUGCUGGAAGACGUCGAAUGCAUGAACGAAGGAUGCACCCAGCUGAUUAUGAGAAAAAGUUUAAGGCGUCAUAUUUGAGAGAAAAUUUAGAAAUUCAAUAAAAAAUAUGUUUUCUAUGAACUUGAAAGCUUGUUAAAAUUAAACAUUUUAUUUUGUCGA